GAGGAGAAGAAGAAGAGAAGAGAGGAGAGGAGAAGAAGAGAGGAGAGAGGAGCAACCCACCCAACCCAAACAAGAAGGUUUCUUUUUUUGUUGUUUUAAUCCUCUUCUCUCCUUUUUUUUUGUGUGAUCAUUAAUUAACAUUCAUCAUACAACAACAACAACAACGACGACGACGGCAUCAACCACAACCACCACAACGACAACAAGAGACAGACACACACACACACACACAAAAGACCAGGGAGAAAAGAAAAGGAAAAAAAUAAAGACCAAGAAAGAAAAGAAACGACUCCCAAAGUCUUAUAUAGAGGCGUAAAAUCCAACCAACGAGAGAGAGAGAGAGAGAGAGAGAGAGAAGACUCUUCAGAAAGCAAUGACUACAGAUCUGGCCAUUAAUGCCGAAUUGCCCACCAGUCCUCUCGCCAUGGAAUAUGUCAACGACUUUGAUCUGAUGAAAUUCGACGUGAAGAAGGAGCCCAUGGGAGCCGACCGCUCCGGGAGGCAGUGCACCCGCUUACAGCCCGCGGGCUCCGUGUCCUCCACCCCCAUCAGCACCCCCUGCAGCUCCGUGCCCUCCUCGCCCAGCUUCAGCCCCACCGAGCAGAAGACCCACCUGGAGGACCUGUACUGGAUGACCAACAACUACCAGCAGCUGAACCCCGAGGCUUUGAGCUUGACUCCCGAGGACGCGGUGGAAGCCCUGAUCGGGAGCGCACACGCCGUCCAGCAGCAGCUGCAAGGCUUCGACACCUUCAGGAGCCACCACCACCACCACCAUCACCACCACCCCUACCCCGGGGUCAACCCCGAGGAGCUGGGCAACAGCGGCGGGGCUCACCACCCGCACCACGGCCACAGCCACAGCCACCACCAGCACAGCUCCCCAGCCUCGUCUACCUCCUCCUCGGGCUCCCAGCAGAUCCAGAGUUCUCCCCAUCACCAGGGCCUUCACGCCGAAGACAGGUUCUCGGAUGACCAGCUGGUCAGCAUGUCGGUCCGGGAACUCAACAGACAUCUCAGGGGCUUCUCCAAGGACGAGGUGAUCCGCCUGAAGCAGAAGAGGAGAACCUUGAAAAACAGGGGCUAUGCGCAGUCGUGCAGGUUCAAGCGGGUCCAGCAGAAGCACCUCCUGGAGAACGAGAAGACCCAACUGAUCCAGCAGGUCGACCAGCUCAAGCAAGAGGUGGCCCGGCUGAUGAGGGAGCGAGACGCCUACAAACAAAAGUGUGAGAAACUCGCUAGCAAUGCUUUCAGAGAGGCUGGAUCAACCAGCGACAAUCCGCCAUCUCCAGAGUUCUUCAUGAUUAAAAGAAACGGACAGAUGUGGAAAUACACAGCUUUGUGAUUAAAGGUAUAAUUUACCUGGCGCUGACACAGGACGGUCGCUGAUUUGCUUCAGAUUUUGUAGCCCCGAAUGAGACUAUUGACACUUUUUUUUUUGUGUACAGUAUUUUUGUUCCUUCGAAUUGUAAAACUGUUUCACCAACAGUGCGAGCAACCACAGCGCAUUAGGAAGCUGUAUUUGUUUUAUAAAUGCGGUUAUUUUUUUCCUAAUUCCAUGGCAAUUUGGGGGACUGGGGGUCGAGGGAGGGGUGGGGUGGGGGGAAUAAGGUCAAACUGUAUAUUAUAUUAUAAAUCCAACGCUUGUUAAAUGAAUGAGCAGUCAUUGCAGUGAUACAUGUUUAAAAAAAAACUUUUAAAAGAUUUGUUGAUUCAAUUUGAGAGUGAAACUUUUUAUUAUUAUAUUAUUGGAAGUGUACAAAAGCCAAUAAUUAGCCAAGCUGGUCGGCUAUAAGGUUUUUUUUACACCAAUCGUUUGAAAAAAAAAUGUACACUUUAUUCUAGAUAGUGUGGAUUUUUUUUUUGUUUUUUUGCCUCUUACAAGAAAGAUGACCAAAAUGAAAAAAAAAACUCUUCUUUGUAAAUUUGCACACUGCUGGGCAGAUGCAGAAGGCGUCUUACCUGAGUGGGUUUUAUUAUUAUUAUUAUUAUUAAUUGUUAUAUUAACACAAAAUAUAACAGAACAACAUGACAGCAAAUGUGCUUACUUUUUUUAAAAAAAAUACUUGUUAAAAGUGAUUUUGCAAGAUUUGGGAAGGGGAAAAGUGGGGGGUGGGGGGGGGGGGGGGAGAGACUUUGACUGUAGUGAAAUAGUGUUGAAUUGAACCCUAUUCAGAUACAUCAGGCACAAAAAAAAAUAUUGUUCCCAUAAAUUCUGAAGGGAUCAUGGCAACCGACUUAUGGAAAAUGAGAAUGCGUUUCAUUAUCUAUUCCGAUCUGGAGAAUUCUAGUGUUAUCCAAAAAAAAAUAAUGGUUUCUUGUCUUCUCUUUUGUUUUUUGUGAAAAAUUGUUUUUUUUUUCUAUUAUGCUUAUUAAAGUCAUUCAAAUGGCAUUUAUUUUGAUGA